AUGUCGAACGGAAAUAGGAGCAAUCACACAGAUAAAUCGAUUAUGAAAAGAAAAGUAGGGAAAUGGUGUACAAAAAAGCAAAAAUCUGCCACCUACUCAGAGGAGACUCUACAACAGGCACUCAAAGAUGUCCGGGCUGGUGAAUCAAAAAAAUCAGUUGCCCAGAAGUACGGGAUACCUAGAGCCACUAUCCAGUUUCGACUGAAAAACAAGUUAGCUGGAGCAAAACGAGGUCGCAGAACAUACUUGACUGAAGAAGAGGAAGCUAAAAUUGUCAAUUGGAUAUUGGAAAAUGACAGGAAGGGUUUUCCAAGAAGACAGAUUGACCUACAGCUAGCAAUGAAGUCAUUCCUGGAUAAUCAUGAAAGGGACAAUCCAUUUACGAAUAACUUUCCCGGUAUACACUGGUACAAAUUAUUCAUGAAACGACACCCACAACUGAGUGAGCGCACUGCUGAAGGGAUUACAUCUGCUUCCUCAGUUGUUUCCGAAAAUAAUAUAAGAGGAUGGUUCAGAGAUAUUGAGAAGUACCUUAAAGAGAAGGAUCUGUUUUCAAUAUUGGCGGACCCAAGUCGCGUAUUUAAUGGCGAUGAAACAUGUUUUCAGUAUAAUCCAAAAUUGGGAAAGGUCAUUGCACCAAGAGGUAAAAAAAAUUUUUACGAGGUUGAUCUGGGUAAAGCCAAGGAAAAUUUGACGGCAAUGUUUACAUUUUCUGCCUCAGGUAUAACAACGCCGCCAAUGAUCAUCUACCCAAACAAGAGGCUCAAGCCGGCUGUAGCAAAUGUCAUACCGGAUGAAUGGGCGAUAGGUUUGAGUGAAAAUGGCUGGAUGAAAUCGGAAAUAUUCAUUGAUUACAUACAAAACCAUUUAUAUCCCCAUUUGAAACAAAUUAAUACUAGAUUCCCAAUCAUUCUUUUCGUUGAUGGUCAUAAAUCACACCUAUCUCUGGAGCUGAGUGAGGUUUGUACCAAACUCGAAAUUGUUUUGGUUGCACUAUACCCAAAUUGCACAAGAAUUAUGCAACCAGCUGAUGUAGCCAAUUUUAGACCGCUCAAAAGCUUAUGGAAGAAAUCUGUUCUACAAUGGAGACAUGAAAAUCCUUACUGCCAGUUUGGCAAAGAGCAUUUCGCACCAGUUUUAGAAACUGCGAUAAAUGGACUUAACAAAGAGUCAACCAUUAAUGGAUUCAGAGCAUGUGGCCUUUUCCCAUGGAAUCCAGAUGCUCCGGAUUAUAGUAAAUGCCUAGGGAAAAAAACAAAUAGGGCUGAGAUAUCAGAGAGACAAGAGCAGCUACAAUCCAAUGUUAGUAAUUAUGAAGAUAUAUGGAAUGUUUUCGAUGAACUAUUAGUAAAAAGACUCAAAAAUGGAGCUAUUAGUGGUUGCUGCUCCUCAGACUGCGAGAAUUUCAACAUUUUAUUGAAAAUAUAUAAUAUUCUGGAACGCCAAAAGAAAAAUAAUACAGCCGGUGCGAAAUGUAUUUUCUCUCAGGAGGAGAUCAAUAACAUGCCGAUUGUAUUGCUGGACGAAGAACAACCCACUGAGGUAAAUGGUGACGAACUGCUUAUGAAUUUUACUUAUGACGAUGGUGAUAUGUUGAAUCAAAAUAUUCUUACGGAGAGUGAAUUAGAAACCAUCAACUUAUCAUUAAUGGGAAGUGGUAUUCACGCAGAAAUUGAUAACAUUACCACCGAACCUGCGAGGCAACUAAGUGAUAAUCCACUACAGAAGAGCUCAACUUCAAGUCCAGAGCAUAAUGGUGAAAAUGCCCAUAUUGAAAGAUUUUUAGGUGUGCCAGAAACUCCUGUCAGAAAAGGUACCAGGCAAACUGAACGCGUUAGUUUCGUCAUAUCGUCUUCUGCGUAUAAAAAGAAUCUAGAAGAAAAACACAAGAUUAAAGAAGACAAAGAAAAAACAAAAUGUGAAAACAAAAGAAAACGCACGGAGAGAGCGGAAGAACUAGCAAAAAAGAAAAAGUCAAAAAAUACUGUAAAAAAGAAGAAAACUGCUCCUGGAGGCAAUGAAAAUGGUCGCAAUCUAUCCAAAGCUCCCGUUCUAGGAGUGGAGCAAAAUCACCAAAUAUGUUCUUCAGAAAAACGUUCACCAAUGGGAGUUCAUACAACAAAUAAUAUAACGAUAAGGAAAGCAACACAUAUUAGAAAUUUGACAGAUCUAAUGAACGAAAGUGAAUCUGAGUCUCACCUUGAAAAUGCGGCAGAUAUUACCAUCCCUUUGAAAAAACCUUUUAUCCAUUCCAGUGCUCAACCAGUUUGGUGGGACGAGGAAUGCACACAUAUAUUUGAAAAACGAAAGGAAGCUCUUGAUAAGUUUGCUCCAUUAUCAGCUUCCACACCUCCUAUAGUUAGUUCAAAUUUCAACCCUCAUCAGCAAACCUUUAUGGAGAAACCAUUUAAUUUUGAAGAACUAGAAUGGUGUCUUGAAGAACGUAAUAACACGUCUCCAGGAAUAGAUAAAUUUACUUAUGAAAUCCUUUUUAACUUGCCUAAAUCAGUCAAACUGUUAUUCUUAACCUUUAACUACUCGCGCUGGUGUAUAUAG